CCCCGCCUACUAAAGACCCCACUAACAACACACCUCAAACUAAAAUUUAAAAUAUGAGUGAAGCCCCCGAAUCUAUUUUGAAUCGCGUCAGUCCUAAAACCCAAGCACUCUUAAGAGCAACAGCAAAACACAGAGAAGAAGCUGCCAGAUUAAAUAACGAUACCAUGUCUAACGAACAAACGUAAGUUUUGAUUCCAUCAACAUCUCAUUCUUGAUGUUUUGUUGUCUCUUGGAACUUUACCCCACGUCAACAAACCAAUUUUUAGCCGUGAAAACUAAUUUGCCGCCUUGAAUAGCUUCAUUGCCAUCAAGCCAGAUGGUGUCCAGGUAUGCGGAAACUAUUCAGUGAAGAGGGAAGAAUGGAGUACUGACUAAAGUCGAAUUCAGCGUGGACUCGUCGGCCCAAUCAUCAGCCGAUUUGAGGCUCGUGGGUAUGUUUACAUUCUUUUAAGAACCUUUUGAGCUUUGUUGACAUGGAAAAUAGUUACAAGCUUGCUGGCAUCAAGCUCAGCAGCCCUGGAAAGGAGCACCUCGAGAAGCACUGUGAGUGCUUUAGCUUGGCUAGGAAAUGGAACCAUUGAAACUAACCCCUUGACUAGAUGCUGAUCUCUCCGACAAGCCAUUCUUUGCUGGUCUCGUCAACUGUAUGUAUCUGUCAAUCUACCACACUUUGAGCAUGGAGCUAACACUGUGUAGACAUGAACUCUGGCCCAAUCUGCGCCAUGGUCUGGGAAGGACGUGAUGCCGUCAAGACCGGCCGUAGUAAGUAAACUCUUGAUCUCGCCACCAAUCUUCUCCACUUUUUCUCUUUCUAACAGCUUCUUCUCUUCAGCCCUCCUCGGUGCCACCAACCCAUUGGCCUCUGCUCCAGGUACCAUCCGUGGUGACUAUGCCAUCGAUGUCGGACGCAACGUCUGCCACGGUUCCGACUCCGUCGAGAACGCCAAGAAGGAGAUUGCUCUCUGGUUCAAGGAGGGUGAGGUUCUCUCAUGGAAGUCCGCUCAACACGACUGGGUUUACGAGAAGUAGAUUAGACUUGAUAUUAUGUCACUUGCUCCAAGACUCCAAAACCUUAACUAAAGAAAGUUACUGAAGAUGGUGAAUAAAUACAUAUAUGAAUAAAAAGUCAAUCAGAUUCUGAAC